AUACGUUGCUGCUGAGAGGCGGCGGUGGAUGCUCGGAGGAAACUGCGCCGUUUGUUUGUGGAAAAAGAAGAAAUACGAGCAAUUUACGGUUCCUGUUUGUCUCCACGUGACUCGUUUUCCUCCCUCGCGUGUUUCCGCUGAUGAGGAGACUUUCCACAGCCAAGAUGUCUACCUGCGGCAGCUGAAGAGGUCAACCCCGGGUCAUCCCAAAUCCUGCAUGUCAGAGAUGUUUUAUCCCUGAGGACAACAAACAGCAUGUUUCUCCACAGAGGAACUUUCUGGAGCCCCUUGUUUAUGGAGAAGCGCACCACUCCCUGACUAUGUGAAUGGACAAGUUGUAACUCAGUGGUGUGUGUCUGCUUCUGGACCUGUGCAGUGAUUUUGCACCAGAGCAUGUGGAGUACCUGUGUUUGGGAUCUGUGAAGAGAAGCAAGGAGGAGAAGAGAAGAUGCUGCAGACUGGUAACUACUCACUGGUGCUGCUGAUCCAGCUCUCACUGUUGUGCUAUGACCUCUUCGUCAACUCCUUCAGUGAACUUCUGAGGGGAGAGCCUGUCAUCCAGCUCGUGCUAUUCAUAAUCCAGGACAUUGCCAUCUUAUUCAACGUGAUCAUCGUCCUGUUGAUGAUGUUCAACACCUACGUGUUCCAGGUCGGGCUAGUGUCUCUGCUGCUGGAGAGGUUCAGGGCUCUGAUGAUAUGCUCCGCCCUCUACCUGACCCUAAGCAUCUGCUUCCACUGCUGGGUGUUGAAUCUUAGAUGGCUCGACUCAAACCGUUUUGUUUGGACCGAUGGUCUUCAAGCUCUUUUUGUUUUCCAGAGAACAGCGGCAGUGUUGUAUUACUACUUGUACAAACGCACAGCAGAGUACAUGGGGGACCCCCGGCUGUAUGAGGACUCUCUCUGGCUGCGUGACGCCUUCGCCAGAGCCCGACAGUGACAAAGAGACAGUCUCCAGACAUUAAAACACUGAGCAUCACCAUGUGCUACACUGAAUUUUGGGGGGAAAUUUCUAUUUAACACUUGCACAGCCUGACACUACUGAACAAAGCAAUUUGGCUGAUGAUGAAUUUUACAGGUAAGAGGAUGAAGCAAAGUCUAACAGUUUGUAUUAAUUGGUUCUUCGUAGCCAAGUGGGCAGAUCAGGGCAGUUGGAGCGCUGUAUUAAUCUGGAUUGAGUGUUAAUCCAUGUGGCCUUUGUAAAUCAAUUAGAGUUGUACACAGAGUGCAACACAUUGAAAGAAUGUCCCAAGUUUGUCUCUGUUCAGAUAUAGAUUACCCAUUUGAAUCUUUAAUUAUAUGUAGAACUACAUGUAACCAUAUAUUUGCUGGAAAGGCUGUGCAAGGAAGAAAGAAAUUGGUUUAUUUUGCCUUUUUUUUUUUUAAGACUAGUAUGUGUUGUUUACAUGAUAAAUAAGCCAAUUUCCAUGAUUUGAGUCCUGAGCAAGGACCUUUUGAAUUGUGUUCCUGCUGUUUUUUAUUAAAUAAUCCUUCUGUAA